AUGCAAGAGAUCAGUCGCCAACCAGAUAUGCACUGUCACCCUGAUUCAGUGUCACCUACAGUAGCACUCCAGCAAUCGACGACUCAGCUUGUACCGAGCUUUGGGUCCUGGUCGCAUAUACAGACAUCCCCAUGCCGAUUGGGACCACGAGAGAUCAUGGUAGCCUCGCCUCAGGGCCAGCACCAAAUUAUGACCUGCCUUCCUGACACCGGCUCUACCCACGACUUCAUUGUGCCCAGCUUGGUUCAUCAGCUGGAGAUGCAACGAUUCGUGCAACCAGUGCGGCAAUCGGUCCUUCCUGCGAACCAACAUACAGUCAUGGUCGAUGGCGUUGUCUGGCUCCAGUUCCGCAUCCAGAACGACUUCGAGACCUAUGGCCGCUGGUCUUAUCUCUUCGCUGGUCUGGACUAUCCCAUCGUCCUGGGACGAGACACUAUCUGCCAGAUCGGAUUGUUUGGUUGCAGGUGCCCCGAGGCAGGGAACAAUGUAGCGUUGAGGAUGAUGUCGCUUGGAAAGCAGACCAGGGGGGUUGUUGGUGCACAAAAGCAAGCCAAGCAAGAGUCGAAUCGAAAGAACAGAGACAAGACGCGAGCAGAGCAAGAGGCGGAUAUGCAAGAGCUCAUUGCCAAGCGUGAGGCUGAAGCUAUGGCCGCCGCCAACGCAACCGCGGCCGGUAGUGGCACGCCGUCGUCGCGGUGA